CAUCUCACCACACUUUGAGAAACGCUGGUGGUUUAGGUUUGUUGUCUACCCGUAGUCUUCACAAGGUUCUCAUGAAGCAACAGUUUUAACUAAUGACGCUUGUCGCCAUGGAAAACGUACCCCUUUUGCUUACAUACUUGAUAUUUCAAGCUAUAAGUUUGAACACGAUUUCAGAUCCAACCCAGCCAGAAUUAUUUAGCAAAGUAUAAGGUUGACUUGCUGACUGGAGAUGUUGAAUAUUGGGGGUCACUUGUUGAGUGGUUUGCCUAGCAUUCAUGGAGCUAUAGAUUCAAUCCCGAGCACCACGUAUGUAUCUAGCAGAGUGGUACAUACCUUCUUAUCCCAGGACUCAGAAGGUGGAGGCAGGAGGACCCGAAGUUCAUGGUCAUUCUCAGUCCGAGAUGAAUAAGACACUGGCUCAAGGCAAAAGCAACAACGAUCAAAGAAGCCCUGUCCAGAUGGGAAGAAAAGACUGGUCAGAAGCCAUCUGAUGCCAAAGAAAUAAAGCUGUAUGCCCAGAUUCCCCCCAUAGAGAAGAUGGACGCAUCUCUAUCCACACUUGGUAACUGCGAGAAGCUUUCCCUGUCUACAAACUGCAUUGAAAAAAUUGCCAACCUGAAUGGCCUAAAAAACUUGAGGAUUUUGUCCUUAGGAAGAAACAACAUAAAGAACCUAAACGGACUGGAAGCAGUAGGAGAAACACUGGAAGAGUUGUGGAUCUCCUACAAUUUUAUUGAGAAGUUGAAAGGGAUCCAUGUCAUGAAGAAACUGAAGAUUCUCUACAUGUCUAAUAACCUGGUAAAAGACUGGGCUGAGUUCCUGAAGCUGUCUGAGCUGCCGUGCCUGGAGGACCUGGUGUUCGUAGGUAAUCCCCUGGAGGAGAAACACUCUGCCGAGGGCACCUGGAUCGAUGAAGCAACCAAGAGAGUGCCCAAGCUGAAAAAGCUGGAUGGUACUCCAGUAAUUAAGGAGGAUGAAGAAGAGGAAAGCUAAGGCUGUACUUUUCAUUUUGUGUUAAUUUAUUUAAAUGUUAUGAGAAAAAUAGAUAAGUUUUGUAUAAUUGUCUAUUUUAAAGGUUUUGUGGAGCAGAGUUCUUAAGAUAAAACACAUCUCUCACUUCCAUCCUUUAAGAAAAACCUAUUCAGUGUUUCUCCCGCAAACCAGUAGCACCAAUUGUAGUCAAGUCCAACCUUGGGAACUACAGAUGUCCUGGUCUUGUCCAGUUAAGUACGUCACCUGUCUCCCAGUAUUUAUAAACCAGUCAUUUUUUAACAGGAACGGACUUAUUAUUUGUACUCAGUUGCUUAGUAUUUCUUAGCCCAGGUAUUUUAAAGAUAGACAACUUUCCCAUCCAUAGAAGGUUCAGGCCCUUACAACUCAGAAGCACAAAUGCAGCACCCAUUGCUUCAGAAGCAGCGCGGUAAGAGGACGCAUUCCCCUUAGAACACAGCGGUAUCUGGACGCAGGAGCCCAACAUCUAGUUGGAAACACUGGUCCGAAAAGGAAGAAUGGCUGCCGUGGAGGCUUCUUGGCUCAUGGUCUAUUUUCUUCCUUUUCCAAAAAUGUGUGCACUGUCAGCUGGAAUGUAGGUUGUGCACCAUGGAUGCCGCUUAAGUCAUCAUGUACAACCAGACACCCCAUGGUCCCCAUCAGUGGCUAACGCAACUGGCAGGAUCACUCCUUGGUAGUACUGCGACUACAUCAACUCUUGUAACGUUGCUUUAUGUAGAUUUUAAGAAAUAAUUUCUCAUGUGUUUAAAGCAGUAGUCAAUAGUCCUAAGUAUCGACCAUUGAGAUUUUGAAAACCUUCACCCUCCUGAUUUACCCGGAUGCCCUUUGCUUUACAGUUAUAAGGGUACACACUUAAAGACUGAAUUUGGUACCUAUAAAUAAGUGAGACAGUAUUUCAAGAUAUAUUUUUGAGAAGAUCUAAGUGAAACAGCUUUUAAAGUGUAUCAUGUAAGUGCUGUGGAGGAAAGAGCGAGGUGUUUUGGGCAAAUGGCAAUAUGUUGUAGAUUGUCACUAUAGGUGUCUUAACCUCAGACCUGCAAAGCAAUAGUUAAGUGUGAAGAGUAUAAUUAUCAUGUAAGAAAAAUAUUCUGAAACCUGUAAAAUGGCAUCAGCACCAGAUGAAGUCUCCAGUGGGCCAAGAUAGAAUCAUUGACUGAUUGUGGAGUAGUCAGGAACCCCUGCCAAGCUGUGCCUAAAGUCUCAGCCAGAGGCUGCCGAUUCUUGUCCCUGUCUCCACGUGGUUCUCCCUGAAAGUCACCACAGUGAAGGGGCAGAGUCUUUUGUUUCUGUUUUUAAUGACUACAUAAGUAGCCUUGGUUUGAGAACUUAUAGCUAUCAUUUCAUUAAAAAUGACUCGAUUUCUGUCAGAAGGGACCACUGCGUUGACAAUCAACUCUAAAUCCAUACAAGAAUGCCUGGUUGUGGGCUGGCGAGGCAGCUCAGAGGUAAGAGUACCUGUUGCUCAGGACCUGAGUUUGCUUCCCAGUACCUAUGUGGAGGCUCACAGCUCCCCUGGACCUCCAGGGGCUCUGAUGUCCUUUUCUGGCCUCCCACACACAUGUUGCACAGACAGACAUGGAGGCGAAACACUAAAUGCAUAAUCAAUUUUUAAAAAGAAUACCUAGUCUAAUAUCUUAUAGUGUUCCUUUUUAGCUUUUCUGAUGGGGAGAAACUUUACCCUGACUGGCUUAAACGUUCAAAACCAUUGGCAUUUCUCUUCUGAGCAACAGUGGUGAGACUUCUUGGUGGUGCAGAAGGCCUAUAAACUUAGGGGACACUGUUGUGGUUGCUUGUAGUUUACACAGGCAAGCCCUGUUCCCGCUGAUGCUGUGCUUCCUGCAACGCACCUGGAGUGAGGGCAGGAAGGGGAUGGCUUCAGACGGGCUCUGUGAAGUGACUUACAGAUGUGUGUUUGUUUCCAAUUCUGUAGUUGGGAAACACCCCUCCCCUAUUUCUCAAUGUCUUUUAUUCACUGAUGGUUCUCAGAGAUGUGCAAGGUGCUUUUCUGUGUCCAUUUCUCUCUCUCUCUCUCUCUCUCUCUCUCUCUCUCUCUCUCUCUCUCUCUCUCUCNCACACACACACACACACACACACACACACACACAAACAUUUUCGGCUCCUUAUCACAAAUAUUGGAAUGACUUUGAUGCAGCUAUGUUCCUGGAAUUAAAGCCAAAAUGCAUUCAAUUUGAAAGUGGAAGGACAGCCUGGUCUACAGAGUAAGUUCCAGAACAGCCAAGGCUACACAGAGAAAACCUGUCUUAAAAAACAAA